ACCAGCUAUCGUUUUCCUCAGAGCCUUCUAUCCGUAUCUGUACAUCAGGCCCAACGCGACCCGAGUCACAUUUGAAUUCAUAAAUUUCGUCGACUCGCUCUCCUCGCUCGCCUCGCCACCAUGGCGUCAUCGUUAUUGCCAGCUCGCGCCAAUACCUCGUUAUUAGCUUCCUCGCGAGUCCUUUCCCGUCCCCUUCGCGUCACCUCAGGUGAUUGUAGACUCGGUAUAAGCCUGAGGCAGCAAAACCAGGGACAGCAGCAGCAGCAGCAGCAGCAGCAGCGGCGGCGGCGGAGCUCGGGGGGCUCUUUCAGAGUGCGGGCGAGCGCCGUUGAGAACGCGGCAGCAGCUGAACCAAACGUGACGGACGAAGGCAAACAGCGGAAGGCGGAAUGGGCGCGGGUGCGGGGGGUGGCGGAGAAGGGGGCGGUGGUGCGCGGGAGGGUGGUGUCCGCCAACGCGGGGGGUCUCCUGGUGCGCCUGGGGCCGCUGCAGGCGUUCCUGCCGCUCUCGCAGCUCGACCCCGCGCGGCUUAGAGGGACGGCGGGAGCAGCGCCCCCCAGCGCAGCAGAUGUGGCGCGGGGCCUGGUGGGCAGCAUGGUGGGCCUGCGCAUCCUCGAGGUGGACGAGGCGCGCACGCGCCUUGUGGUCUCCGAGAAGCGUGCCGCAGCGGCCAAGGGGCUGCGGCGGGUGGAGGAGGGGAGCGUGUACCCCGGGAUGGUGGCGUCGGUGGCGGACUUCGGGGUGUUCGUGGAUCUCUUCCAGCCCGACGGCGCCUUCCUCGCCACGGGCCUGGCGCACCUCUCCGAGCUCUCCUGGGACCCCGUACGCUCGCCCGCUGACGUCGUGGCCGUGGGGGAUGACGUCAGCGCCAUGGUGCUGCAAGUUGACAGGGAGCGCGAGCGGGUGGGGCUGUCGCUGAAGCAGGUGCAGGCGGACCCCCUCCUUGAGACACUCGACCGCCUGCUGCCCUUCCAGCCCGCCCCCGAUGCCUCCUCCCCCUCGCCCUCCGCCCUUGAGGCCGCCUCUUCUGCUCCCUCCUCCCCCCUCCCCGCUGCUUCCUCUCCGCCUCCCCUGCCGGGCCUGCUGGCCCUCUGCAGCCAGCUGAGGCAGCAACCAGGCAUCUCAUCGGUGGCGCUGGGCCGCCAGGCAGUGGAGCGCAGGGUGGUGUCGCAGGACCUCGAGCUCUGGCUCUCCAAUGCGCCAGCAGCAGAGGGACAGUUUACUCUGCUUGCACGAGCAGGCCGACUGGUUCAAGAGGUUCAAGUUGCAACAACUCUCGACCGCGAGCAGAUGAAGGACGUCUUGAAGCAGAUCUUGUAAUGAAUGGAGCUCUUCAAUCGCGUCCACGGCUGUGCUGUGGUGCAUCACGUAUGCCCGUACCCGUGGAGCAUCAGACCGAGCGCGGUCCAAUAGACCCGAAUGUCACAGCCGAUUGUGUUCCCAACCUCGUCCCUCAAGGUUCCCGCCUAGCCAGGAUGUUCCUCUAUGUAUUGCGAUUCCUUCAUUGUUCGAGUUGCCCCCGCUGAAUUAAACCAACAACCCUAAAC